AUUUUGCUAAACUGCCGCACUAUAACAUGACUGUGGUUAGUUACGGGGUGUGUGUGUUUGUGUCCACCUAACUAGUGUGAGAGCAUUAGUCUCUCACCGUUAGCUCUAGUUUUGGUCUCCAUAUGUGUCUGUUUUGUUGUUUAAUGUUCCACAAUGUCUAUGUACUCCUAUGUUUCCCCCCUGACAACAUGGUCCCAAACAUUUUAUAAGCAAUAACACAGACGAUCAAGACGUUAAAGAUCAGUUGGGCACAGUUUAGCCCAGUCUUCUUUCAAAUCAAUGAACAGUGUAAACGAAACCUGAAAAGGGGAAGCAAAUUAUUUGUGUCAGUCCCUGGCCUCGCUCUGUCAGCACAUGUGUGUUCUGCUUCUGUUAGUAUGUGUGACUGCUCGGGUGGACUUUCCCCUCUCAGCUCAUGUGUUGCUGUUUGAGAAGGACACAGUGCAACUCCAGAAAGCAGCAGAGUGUGUAGAUGUUAUCACAUUCACAAUAAGAAGUUGAUCAUCUGGCUUUAAACUCAGAGGAUGUCUCUCUGUCUUGGAUAAGACAUCAGACUUUUGAAGGAGAAAACAUGUUCUAAAUGCAAGAGAUUCAUUGAUACACAGUGUGAGAUUUGUUGAGUACGUGUUUCCCCAUAUUUCGGAGCAGUAGUAAAGGUGCAGCAGCUGAUGAAAGCAGCGAAAAAUGGUACCAUGGACGGGUUAGAGAAGACAAAGUUAGCCAUGUUUCGUAAAGUGUCAUUCCUGCAGAGAAAAGAUUCCACAGGCGAGGGAAAGGAUGAUGCAGGUUACGUAGAUGUGUCUGUGUGUGAGUUAAAGCACCCCCCACCAGAGCUGUCCCCCACACCAGAGGGACUCAGCAGUCAGCAGGUUGUCAGACGUCUCAUCCUCAGCUCCAUCGUCCAGAGUGAGUGCAGCUACCUGGACUCUCUGAAGAGAAUUCUGCAGGAGUACCAACAGCCUUUGUUGGAGCCACAGAACUUGGUCCUAAACCCCAAGAAGGUUCGUCAAAUCUUUUACCGUCUGCAGGAGAUCCAUCAGUGCCACUCCAUGUUCCAGAUUGCCCUGGCAUCCCGAGUGGCCGAGUGGGAUCACAGCGAGAAGAUCGGAGACCUGUUCGUGGCCUCGUUUUCCAAGUCCAUGGUGCUGAACGUGUACAGUGAGUACAUCAACAACUUAACCAACGCCAUGGCUCUCAUCAAGAAGGCCUGCAUGUCUAAACCUGCUUUCCUGGACUUCCUGAAGAAGAAGCAGGCCUCCAGUCCAGACAGGAUCACUCUGUACGGCCUGAUGGUCCGACCCAUCCAGCGCUUCCCUCAGUUCAUCCUGCUGCUGCAGGACAUGUUGAAGAACACCCCCCAGUGGCACGUGGACCGGCUACCACUGCAGCUGGCUCUCACCGAGCUGGAGACUCUGGCCGAGAAGCUGAACGAGCAGAAGCGCCUGUCUGAGCAGGAGGCGGAGCUCCAGCUGCUCGCUCACAGCGGGGGCGACCGCACCCUCAGCAAGCUGCUGCGGGCAGGGGGGAGGCAGCUGCUGCACUGUGAACUGCUCACUGAGAGGGUGUACGGAGACAAAGGGCAAGUCCUCAAGUCCAAAGAGAGGAAGCUGUUCCUGCUCAACGACAUCCUGAUCUGUGCCAACCUCAACCUGAAGGGGCCCUCGGACAUCAGCAGCCUGGUUCCUGUUGGUCCUAAAUACACGGUGAAGUGGUGCUGUCCCCUGCAGCACACCCAGGUGGUGGAGGUGGGACAGGACAGUGUCCUCACAGCCAGACGCCCCAGCUCCGGCUCCAGCUACAUGGGGAAAGUGUUCCUGGGCCCCCCCCGACUGUACCAUGAGCUGGAGCAACUGCAGCACGACCUGGCUGUGGUGGAGGAGGUGUCCCUGCUGGUGGCUACGCUCCAUGGACCCUACCAGAAUCUCAACAGCCUGGUGUCUCAGGACUGGAGUCUGGCUCUGCAGAGGCUGGUGCGUCUGAAGGAGGAGGAGAUCCAGAACGCCAACAGGUGCCGCCUGCGGCUGUCUGUCCCCGGGAAGCCUGACAGGUGUGGUCGUCCAGUGAGCAUCAUUCUGGUCUUCAACACCCCAAGCCCCCUCAGUAAGAUCUCUUGGGUCAACCGGAUGCACCUCGCCAAGAUAGCUCAGAGACAGGAGAACACUCCGGGCUGGGAAUGUGAUGAAGAAGAUGGGAAGACGAAGGCUGCAUUCAGCUGUCCACUGCUGACCUGCAGACUUCCUGUCUUCUCCUCCAGAACACACACACUGAAGGCAGCUCUCCACAGCCCGGCUCGGUGCAGCCUGCUGGGCUCCUGCUCCUCCAGCACCUCCUUACCUCAGGGUUACCUCUGGAUACUUUUGUUUCUAAGACUGAUGACCACAGACCAAAAUUGUAUCAAUCAACAGUUGAUAAAGGUUGCGGGUGGAGGAGGCGGCUUGGACCACGGCCAGGUGGAGAUCUUCUCCCUGAACCGCGCAUCUCCUCGCCUGGUUAAGAGCGUCCCGCUGAGGUCCCCGGUCCUCUGCCUGGAGUACGUGAAGGAGCCGUGUCUCAGCUCAGAGGGCUGUGUGGGGCCCCCCCCUGCUGCCCCCACAGAGAACAUCAUCUGUGUGGGCCUGCAGGACGGCAGCGUCUCGGUGUACAGCAGCGUGGACACAGCGGUGCAGUGGCUGCUGACCUUAAUCACCCCAGACCGCUGUCCCGUCCUCUGCCUCACACACACGCCGGAUCUCCUCCUCGCCGGACUGGCUAGUGGCAGGGUGGCAGUGUACCGCAGGAACCAGGGGGAGAGACUGUGGGAUGUGGACUCGUGCCGGCUGCUGUCUCUGGGCGGCCCCCCCGUCUGCACCCUGCUCACACUGGAAGACACGGUUUGGGCCAGCUGUGCCAACCAGGUCUCCGUGAUCCAGGGAACCAGCCUCCACACACAGAGUUUCAGAGCCCAUUCUGAUCCAGGACGCAGUGUCAGCCAUAUGACUCGCUCAGGCGGGGGGGUGUGGAUGGCCUUCACCCAGGGAUCCUCUAUCCACCUGUUUCACACAGAGACCCUGGAACAUCUACAGGAAGUCAACAUCUCCACCCGCACCGCCCAUCUGACAACAGGUGAAAUGUGUGUCUCCAGCUUGCUGAUCUGCCAGGGCCUGCUGUGGGUGGGGACAAGUCAGGGUGUCAUCCUCACCUUCCCUGUGCCCACCCUGGAGGGCAUCCCCAAGAUCACAGGUAAGGGGAUGAUGUCUCUGAACGCUCACUGUGGUCCGGUGGACGUCCUGGUGGCUACGUCCAGCACUCUGGCCCCCGACCUGCUCAGGCGGAACUCCAUCCUCAACGGUUGCGAGGAGGGUGUCAACGGAGAAGUGGGGUGGGAUAAAGUGGAUGGGGGAGGGGAUGAAGGGGGGCAAAGGUUGCAUCAGGGCAGCUCUUCAAAGGACGCAGAAGCUCCUUCACCCAGGGAGAAGCCCCGCCUCCUACUGCAGUACCGCCUCCACUCCACCCGACAGCUGCCCGGCAGGCUGCUGACAGCACAGCCUGACCAGGGGAACCCCCAGCCCCUCCCAGACUCCUCAGAGCACAGCCCAGAGGAUGGCUCUAUCUAUGAGGUUAGUGAGGACCCUGAUGUGUGGGUAAGGGGGCGGCCCAUGGAGCGGGGGAAGGAGCGGGAGGCCAGGCGCGGCAAAGUCACCUCCACAGCCAUCUUCUCCGGGGGCAAAGGGUCCCGCAGGAUGGGACCUGGGGCCCCCCCCUGCUCAGACACUGAGAACACUCUGCUGCUGUGGCAGCUCCCGCUCACUCUCGGCCAAUGAAAGAGCACACCCAGUCACAAAGUCAUUCAAACUAGCUGCACCUUUACCAGCUUUGAUAACACUUUGAUGAUCAAUAAUUAUAAAACAUAUCAUAUAUAUUAUUCUGAAAUGGACCAAUCUGCACAAUGACUACUUUUAUUCUAUUAUAUUACUAUAUUCUGAAGCUAAUACAGUGCAGGACUUUUACUGCAACAGAGUAUUCCUACACUCUGGUACAUCUACUUUUACUUAAGUAGAAGAUCUGAAUACUUCUAAAACCUCUGGUGUGCAGCUACCUGAGGUCUUUGAUGAUUUUGUUGACUUGCAGCACAAUCCCUGAACUAUGGCAGGAGAGUGGAAAAUAAUAAGGAAGUAAUGUACAGUGGAUGGAAAAUUAUUAAACAUGAAAUGUUAUGAACAUUAGUCAGAUGUAUGUCUCAUAGUCUUUAUAAGUUAUAAGGUAAAACCAUAGGAUGUUCCCUCUGCUGCACUGCCCCCCCUCCUGCAGUCCUUCUCUCUACAGAUCUGUCUCUGUAUGUCCACCAUCACACACUGUAUCUAGCACUAUAAUGGCGCGUUUCCACUGCAGCGGGUAGCUCGCGUUUUUGGUUGUGUUUCCACUUGGCCUAGUACCGGCUAGCGGGUCCUAAUUCACAGUUUUUCUGGCCCCAUAAAAUCGUGGUUCUAGGGCCAGGAACAACCAGGCUGAGUCGGGCU